AUGACAUAUGAAAAAUUAGGUUUUACCGAAACCGGAAAUACAAAUUUACUGGAUAAAUCACCGGUGAAAAAUACCGAUAAAAAAUCUGUGAUAUCUCGUGUGAAUAAUAUAAAAUUUGACGAAUGUAACAAAAUUUUUAAAAUGAAUAAAUUAUUUAGCAAUAAUAUUGAAACGGGUAAAAAAACCGACGUCGGCGGUUGUGGCGGUGAUUUAAUCAAUUCAAAUCCGUUCACGAAUGUUUUACCUGGAGAAGGAAGAAGCGACGAUGGCGGUGGAGGUGGUGAUGGUGGCGGUGGCGGUUCAAACAAUUGCAAUCCGUUUCUCAACAAUUCGAAUCCGUUUUUAGUUAGCGAAUCAAAUUCAAACAAUCCGUUUGCUCUUUGUACCGAUACAAAAAUAUUCAAAAUAAAAAUCGGUAUAAGUCAAUCGAAAAGUAUAAGUCCGUUCGUAUCUCCGGUGUCUUCUCCAAGAUCAUCUAGAAGUCGAUUUUUUAAAGAAAGCAGAAGGAUAAGCAUAGAAAAGACUGGUCAUCACCUUCAUCUCAAUCAGUAUCGUCUUUUGGAUUCAAUAGGAGAGGGUUCUUACGGGCUUGUAAAACUCGCGUAUAACGAAGAAGACAGCACGCAUUACGCCAUGAAAGUACUUUCGAAGAAAAAACUAUUGAAAAAAGCUGGAGUUUUCGGAAGGACGAUACCGAAUAGGAAAAAUCCUAAUAAACCAUUUAGAAAUUCACCAUUGGAAAAAGUUUACAGAGAAAUCGCCAUAUUGAAAAAAUUAGAUCAUCCUAACGUGGUUAAAUUAAUCGAAGUUUUAGAUGAUCCCGUCGAGGAUAAUUUAUAUUUGGUUUUUGAAUUAGUUGAAAAAGGAGAAGUUUUACACAUUCCAACAGAUGAACCUUUAACCGAAAAAGAAGCUUGGGGUUAUUUCAGAGACAUCAUUUUGGGCAUUGAAUAUCUGCAUUACCAACGCAUCAUUCACAGAGAUAUCAAACCGUCGAAUCUUCUGCUUAGCAAUAACGGUCAAAUUAAAAUUGCCGAUUUUGGUGUGUGUAAUGAAUUCGAUGGAAACGAUGCGUUUUUGAGCAACACGGCUGGAACUCCAGCAUUUUUAGCUCCGGAAGCUUUGAGCAACACAAUGUUUAGCGGAAAAGCAUCCGAUAUAUGGUCCAUGGGAAUCACCAUUUACACUUUGGUUUACGGUAACAUUCCUUUCAAUGAUAGUAACAUAAUCGCGUUGUAUUCUAAAAUUCAAAAUGAACCCGUACAAUUUCCUUCGAAACCCGAAAUAAGUGACGACCUUAAAGAUCUUAUAAGAAAAAUGUUACACAAGGAUCCUUCGCAAAGGCUCAACCUUUCACAAAUUAAAGAACAUCCAUGGGUGACGUCACACGGUAAAUUUCCACUUCCAUCCGAAGAAGAAAAUUGUUCUCUCAUUGAAGUUACCGAAGAGGAUAUGAUGAAAGUCGUCACGUCGGUACCAAAGUUGAAAACGAUUAUUUUGGUUAAAGCGAUGCUCAAAAAACAUUCGUUUCAGAAUCCUUUUCUUCGGGCCGAAAGAAAUGAAAAAUUCGGUAGUUCCGGGAGAAGUUUAUCUGCGCCCGAUACGUACGAUUAUCAAAGUACAAAAAAAUCUGGAGAUGUCACCUUGCCCUCGACGACAGAAAAUCAUUCAUCGGAAAAAAGCUGA